GAGGUCUACCAGGCUCGUCCAAUGGGAGGAGACCCUGGGCAGGAGGGCUCGUAUCUCCCAGAAGGAGCUGAAGCUGCUGGUGCCUCUUAGUGAAGGAGUUGUCGGGGUCACCAUUCAGACCAUAUCCACAUCCUAACAUGUAGAAUAGACGUUCUACAUGUAUGUACACCUGAACCCAGACCUACACAUUCCACCCUCUCUGCACACGACAUAUCCCAUGAUGCACUGCUGCCUCCUGGCAGACACCUUCUGGAUCAACCCCCAGUACAAGACCUGGCUCCUGGAGGAGGACGACGACCCCGAGGACGGCGAGGCUUCCUGCAGAAAGACCGGCGGCGCCACGGACAGGACACGCACGUCCACGAGGUCAGAGGUCACACAGUAGAGACCCCUCCUCCCUUCCCUGUUCAUACCAGUCUUCCCUUCACAGAUGUUGUGACACAAAGCUUUCCCCUGACCCCCGUUAGCUGUUAGCUUAGCCUUCUGCUGCCUCUGUUUACCCAGCAGUGUUUGUAUCCAUGAUUAGCACCUUAGCAUGUUAGCAUGCUAUCAGUUUGAGGCUUGUGCUUUGUGUUCCUCGCCUUCCUCACAGAUUCCCGAGCAGGUGAGUGAGUUCACACGGCGUGAGGCGUGGCCUCCUCCGCGGCUGUCCCAGCGUCCACCUGAAGAAGGACUUCCUCCUGCGCGCUCAGAGACCUUCAUCAACCUGCGGGAGGUGAGCGCUAGGCUCCGCCUCCCGCCCGGCGAGUACCUCAUCGUCCCGUCGACCUUCGAACCCUCGAAGGAGGCCGACUUCGUCCUGAGGGUCUUCACCGAGAAACAGUCGGAGACGGAGUGAGUCUGCCGACCCGUGAUGAUCCUCGAUUGAUUAUUGAUUACCUCUGACGCAGCUCUGCAGGGAGAUGGACGACGACGUGGUGGCCGACUUUGAAGAGGAGGACAUGGAGAUCUCCGUGAGGGAGCUCCGGACCAUCCUCAACCGGGUCGUGUCCAAACGUAGGUCCUGGUGCUCCCGCCGGGUCCCGGGCGUUGGGACUCGUUCACUUCUUCUUCUUCUGUGGUGGCUUACAGACAGAGAACUCCAGACGGAUGGAUUCAGCAGGGGCAGGGUCAGCCUGAUGGACAAAGACGGCAGCGCCCGGCUCGGUCUGCUGGAGUUUCAGGUUCUGUGGAACAAGAUCCGGAAGUGGCUGGGAAUCUUCCGGGACUUCGAUCUGGAUAAGUCCGGCUGCAUGAGCUCCUACGAGAUGCGCCUGGCGCUGGAAAACGGCGGGUUCAAACCGAACAACAAGCUGUACCAGAUGCUGGCGGCUCGAUACGCCGACAACGAGGUCAUCGACAACUUCACCUGCUGCCUGGUCAAGCUGGAGGCCAUGUUCAGUACGUCCUGUGCUGCGUUCAGGGCCCAGUGUUCAGGGCCCUGUGUUCACUCUGCUGCUGCGUUCAAGGCCCUCUGGUCACUGUGGCACUUGUACUUUACUGGAGUACUUCUACUCCACUCUGAGGAUAAAGGCGUUCCAGGCGCUGGACCGAGACGGGACAGGAAGUUUGUGAUGGAAACCGGAAUGGCUCCUGGUGACCAUGAGUGGGUGAAGAGCCAGAAGACCGACACUCAGGAGUACUACACACACUACAGUACACAGUACUACACACACUACUACACCCUCUCCUGCUGCUUCAUGUAUGAACUGCCCGUAGCUCAGUUAGGACGUCCCUGUAUAUAUAUAUAAAUAUAUAUAUGAUGUGUAUAUAUCGAUAUAAAUGAUGUAUUUAUGAAUGACCCGGGACCCUGAUGACUCAGACCUCCA